AUGGCUGACCGAUGUGUGGAACCGAAUGCCGCUCGAUCUGUCCACCUGAGAUACAGAGUGCCUGAUCACGCCACUUCCGCUCAGAACACAGUAAGCGUCAGUCUUUCUCAAACCGGUACAUACUUCUGCGCUAUCAACUUCCGGUGUGGAUACAUGGGAAUUCAAGAGCUCUACGACGGGAAAAAGGUAGUGAUAUUUUCCGUCUGGGACAAUAAAACCGACGACGAUCCAGAGAUUGACCGACAGGCAAAGGCGACUUACCAAGGUCAAGGUGUAGACAUUCAGAGGUUUGGAGGGGAAGGAACAGGACUGAGGUGCUUAUUACCAUACGACUGGGCCUUGAAUGAAAAGACAAUCUUCAGAGUGGAUUCGGAGACGGACGGAACAUGGACGGCGUACUCUGGUCAUUACUUUGACCAGAGGAAGAAUGAGUGGUUCCACAUUGCCACUCUUAAGACUUUGACACAAGGAAAAUUGAUUUGCGAUUGCGUCGCAUUCGUUGAAGACUUCCGGCGCGAUGGGAAAAGUUUUCAUGAGAAACGGAAGGCAUGUUUCAGUGACUUUAAAUACUUAGCAGAUGAUCAGUGGAAAGGUUGUGACAACGUUCGUUUUACUGCUGACCCAACAACGGUGCUGAACAUCAACGCAGGGUGUGAGGAAAACGGAAAUUUAUUUUUGGAAACUGGAGGGGAUACAUGCAAUUGUGACACACCCUUGAACGAAACAGUAAAAACGAAAUGA